AUGACAUUUGAUCACCAUGCAUGGCAAAAUGCUAAAACAGAACGUGGAAAUAACGGAAAUAUUUCCCGUAAUCUUCCAACUAUUACACGUAAUGGUACUGCUUAUCAGGGAUGCGGGGUACGAGAUGUAGAGUACGGAAUGCGGAGUACGGAAUGUGGGAUACGGGGUAUGGAGAAGAAUGGAUUUGUUAAUUAUAAGAAAUUAGCAAAUGGAAAAAAGCGCGAUACAGGAUGCAGGAUACGGGAUGCGGAAUGCGGGAUGCGGGAUACGGGGUGCGGAAUACAGGGUGCGAGGCAGAAUAGAUGA